GCGGCAGUCUGCAGGAGCGAGCGGCGCCUGUCGAUGCGAGCGGCUCGUCCCGGGGACGUCGGUUCUUCGCUGGGCCCUCACCUGCUCUCAACAUGGAGUUUUUAAUGGGGAAUCCGUUCAGCACGCCGGUGGGACAGCGGAUCGAGCGUGCGACCGGCUCCAGCCUGCCAUCAGAAGACUGGGCUCUCAACAUGGAAAUCUGCGAUAUGAUCAACAGCUCAGAGGAAGGACCCAAAGAUGCUGUCAGAGCCAUAAAGAAGAGGAUUGUGGGGAAUAAGAACUUCAAAGAGGUUAUGCUGGCACUUACUGUCCUGGAGACCUGUGUGAAGAACUGUGGCUACAGGUUUCACAUCCUGGUGACAACACGGGAUUUUAUAGAAGGGGUUCUGGUCCGGUCGAUCAUCCCUAGGAACAACCCUCCACUAGUCUUGCAUGACAGAGUGCUCAGCAUCAUACAGGCGUGGGCUGAUGCAUUCCGUAGCUCACCCGACCUGACGGGUGUGGUGUCAGUGUACGAAGACCUGCGAAGGAAAGGGCUCGAGUUCCCAAUGACAGAACUGGACGGUUACUCUCCUGUGCAAGCCCCCAAAAAGACUCUGCCUGGGAAUGGGCCUGCUGUCACUACUCUGCCUGCUGUGCUGCUUUCUUCCAAACCUCCACUCAUCCCUCCUCAGACCUCUGAACUAAAACUUGCCCUAGAGGGAACCAAUGCCUUCACUCCCAGCCAGGUGAAAAGGUUGAAGGCAGAGCUGGGAGUGGUGCGUAGCAACCUGACCAUGAUGUCAGACAUGAUGAGUCAGCUGGAUCCUGUCACGGUAAAACAAGCAGACAUGGAGCUGCUGGAGCAGUUAUACACAGUAUGUAAGGAAAUGCAAGACAGGAUAGUGAAGAUUGUCCCUAGACUCAGCGAGGAGAAGCUGAUUGAAGAGCUACUGGCGACAAAUGAUGAAAUGAACACAGCCUUCACUCGCUACCACAGGUUUGAAAGACGGGUAACAAAUGGUCAAAAUACAACACAGAAGAGCCACACAUACGUCAACCUAACAGACCUCGAUGUCACGGCUGAGUCUCAGGAGUCAGGAGUCGCAUCAGCUACAAGUGACAGUUUGUCCAGUCAACUGGCAAAACUUAGCACAAGUGAAUCAGAUGAAGCAUUAUCACCGAAAAUAAAUGUCUCAACUCAGCAAAGAUCAAGUGAGCAGAGUGAAGUUGCGGUGGACGGCCUGGCUCAAGCUCAGGACAACAGGCUACACAACACUGGAACGGACGACAGCCCAGCCUCCACUCGGAGCUCCUCACCAAAGUUAGAUUGGAUGAUUAAAAGGGGAAUGAUUCCUAUCAACCAGUCCAAUGUAAUGGAUGAUAUUGAGAAAUGGCUUGAGCUGGAUGAUGAGUAUGAUGACUUUGAGGACUCAGAUGGUGUGACCAGUGAAGAAUUUGACAGGUUUUUGGCAGAAAGAGCAAAAGCAGCUGAGCGGCUGCCGUCACUGAGGGCUUCCUCACAGGAUACCAACCACUCCGAGUCUUAAACUACACUUAAAGCUGCCAAACUAACAAUACUCAUGAAGCUCCUGUGCCGCCAGCGGAGAAAUGGAGAUUCGUUUUAGAUGAAUGGUUGAAUGGCACAUUUGAUAUACGGGGAAUUGCUGCCCAUAUUUGAGGAAGGACUUCGUAAACUGUUUAAAUUUACUUUGGAGCAAAAGUGUUUCUUAACUGAUAAAAAUAAUAUCUGAUGAAGGACAGAGGUUCUUACUUGACAUUGUUAUGAGGGUUUGUCCAUGUGUGGAAUGCAAACAUUUGCACAUUUUAUAUAGUUACAUUCCUGCUGUUGAAGGAGAGAGAGGAUGUUGUUACAAGGAAAACAUUUUGCAACAUAUACUAUGUAUUAUAUUGCUGUUAAUUAAAUAUAUAUAUAUAUAUAUAUUGUCGAAUAUGAUGAUGGGUUACAGAAAACUCCCCUGUCAAAGUAGCAAAGACUUGUAUGUAAAAUAAGCUCAGCUAUUGCGUAAAGGUGCAGUUUGAUGCUUGGCAUCAUUAUUAAUGUCGGAUGAAAGAAAACUGAAUGAUGCUUUUUACAUCCAACUUUCCCUUGCGAAGAUGUUUUACUUGAAGUUUAACAGAAAGUCAUUACAGACUACUGUCUUAUAUUAAACUAAGUC